ACCUCCAUUAUUAUCUGCGUAACUGAAGGAGGGAGGAGGAUAGGGAAAGAAGAAGAAGAAGAAGAAGAAUACUCGUAGCAGCAGCUCCACGCCAGCUCAGUUCUCUUCCAGCCUUCGUCUUCUCAAUUCUUCAACCCUAACAAGAAGAAGAAGAAGAAGAAGAAGAAGAAGAAGAAGAAGAAGAAGAAGAAGAAGAAGAAGAAGAAGAAGAAGCCGUCUCUCUGUGUUUUCUGCAUAUUUUUUGCCCUAAAAUCUCCCACCUUUAACCCAUCCCAGUUGACUGUGAAAGAGAGGGCAUGUGGGCGACGGAGGAGAGCAUCGGCCAGCGGUGGAGAAGGCCUCCGAGCCGGAGAGUGUUGUUGGGGCAUUGUCCUUUUAUUUGACUCUGUUUUACUUGCCUUUCACACUCUCUACCUGACCAAAACCCGCAACUUUUAACGCAUUCGCUUUCUCUGUCUUCCUUGGCUGGAUUCUGAUGUACAUAUACUACUCUCUCUCUUCUCCCCUCGACGUUCAGACUGGUUCUAGGGUUUGGAGUACUCUCUCUAGUGUGGGCACACUCCAUCAAUGAAUCGUUAGGGUUUUGUUUUUAUUUUUUCCACAUUGUCACCAAUGAAUCUCGUUUCCUAUUUACAUCACGCAGCUUGCUGUGUUAGCUUCGUUUAUCUGCUUGUCGUCUUGGUAUCCGCAGCCUCCGAUUCUGAGCUCAACUCACUGCUUGAAUUCAAGAAGGGGAUUCUGAGAGAUCCGCGCAACGUUGUCAGCAGCAACUGGGAUUUGUCCUCGGUUUCGAACUCUGAUGGCUGCCCUCGGACCUGGACCGGGGUGUCCUGCGAUGAGAACGGUAAUGUAUCUGCAAUUGUGCUGGACCGGCUUGGCUUGGCUGGGGAGUUGAAGUUCCAGACUCUGAUUGGGCUCAAAAGCCUUAAGAAUUUGAGUCUUUCGGGAAAUGAUUUCACUGGACGGCUUGUUCCGACUCUUGGGACAUUAUAUAGUCUGCAGCAUUUGGAUCUGUCUUCGAAUAGAUUUUACGGGCCGAUCCCAGAGCGGAUCAACGAUCUCUACAAUCUGAACUAUCUAAAUUUCUCAGUAAAUGACUUCAGUGGUGGGUUUCCAGUUGGUAGAUUGAAUCUUAAUCAGCUCAAGGUUUUGGAUUUGCACUCAAAUCGGCUAUAUGGGAACAUUGGCCUGCUGGUUUCCCAGCUGCGGAAUGUGGAACAUGUUGAUUUAAGCCACAAUGAGUUCUACGGAGGACUUUCAAUUGGCUCCGACAACAUUUCUAGCCUUGCUAAUACGUUGAAAAAUUUCAACUUAAGUUACAAUAAAUUGAAUGGUGGAUUCUUCGACGUUGACUCUCUCGUAUUAUUUCGAAACUUGGUAGUUUUGGAUAUGGGUCAUAACCAGAUUAUGGGGGAAUUGCCUUCAUUUGGGUCCUUGCCUAAUUUGCGGAUUUUGAGGCUUGGUAAUAAUCUUUUAUCUGGCUCGGUGCCCGCAGAACUGUUAAACAGUUCUUUGCAAUUGGAGGAAUUGGAUCUUAGUGGAAAUGAAUUUACAGGUUCAAUUCUUCACGUUGGCUCUUCUACCUUGAAAACUUUGGACCUGUCAUCAAAUGCUUUAUCUGGCGACAUAUCAGUUUUGCAGACUUGGGAAGCCAAUUUUGAGGUUCUUGAUUUAAGUUCAAACAAGUUCUCAGGAAGCUUCCCAAACUCAACUUCCUUCUUUCAGGGAUUAAAGGUUCUUAAUGUCAGUAGUAAUUCCUUAGUAGGCCCUUUGCCCUUUACAAUCGGGAACUAUCCUAGCAUGUCUGCAGUUGACUUCAGUUUGAAUGAUCUUAGCGGUACUAUCCCUGCUAGUUUCUUCACAUCUGUUACCUUGAUCACCCUCAAUCUUUCGGGAAAUAAGUUCACUGGUCCCAUACCCCUUCAAGGUUCAAGUGUUAGUGAGUUAUUAGUUAAACCAUCAGAUCUGCCAAUGGAAUAUCUUGAUCUAUCGAAUAAUUCCUUGGUUGGUGGGUUGCCUUCUGAAAUAGAUAAGUUGGGAAGGCUCAAAUUGCUUAAUGUUGCAAGGAAUGAAUUAUCAGGAUCACUUCCAGAUCAAUUGAACAGAUUGAGUAACUUGGAUUUUCUUGAUUUAUCGAACAAUAAAUUUACAGGUCACAUUCCCGAUAUGCUUCCCAACCUACAUGUUUUUAAUGUGUCCUACAAUGAUCUCUCAGGUGAUAUUCCAGAAAACUUAAAAAGCUUGCCUAUCUCAUCAUUUCGUCCUGGAAAUGAUAAGCUUAGCAUACCAAAUGAUGAUUCAACAAACUCAAUUGGAAAUAAUUUUCCUGAGCAGGGAAGACAUCGUACUUCUAAAGCUAAUAUCCAAAUAGCUAUUAUUCUUGCUGCAGUUGGAGCAGUUGUGAUGAUUGUUUUUCUUUUACUGGCUUACCACAGAGCACAAAUUAAAGAGUUCCAUGGAAGAAGUAUAUUUAGCAGUCAAGGUACUGAGAGAGACAUUAAGGUAGAACGUUUCAGGCCAUCCCUUUUCAAAUUCCAACCGAACAUUCAGCCUCCACCAACCUCUUCAAGUUUUUCAAAUGACCAUUUACUAACCUCCACUUCAAGAUCAUUAUCUGGGCAGGCAGAAUUUUCUUCUGAGAUUUCUGAACAUGUUUUGCCUGGGGGUGCUGCAACAAGUUCAUCGUUGAUUAUUCCUAAUUUGCUUGACGAUCAUCCUGUUACUACUGGGAGAAAUUCCUCUCCAGGUUCCCCAUUAUCUUCCUCGCAUCAAUUUGCUGAAGGGCGUGAACAACCUGUGACACUAGAUGUGUAUUCACCAGAUCGGUUAGCUGGAGAAUUGUGUUUUUUGGACAAUUCACUGCUAUUUACUGCUGAGGAAUUAUCCAGAGCUCCAGCUGAAGUUCUUGGUAGAAGCAACCAUGGAACAUUAUAUAAAGCUACUCUGGAUAGUGGACUCAUGCUGGCUGUUAAGUGGUUGCGUGUUGGACUGGUCAAACAUAAGAAAGAAUUUGCCAAGGAAGUUAAAAGAAUUGGAUCAAUGAGGCAUACGAGCAUUGUUCCUUUAAGAGCAUAUUAUUGGGGUCCCAGGGAACAAGAGCGGCUUCUUUUAGCUGACUAUAUUUUGGGAGAUAGCUUAGCUCUACAUCUUUACGAAUCAACACCUCGAAGGUAUUCUCGGUUGUCGUUCAGCCAGAGACUAAAAAUUGCAGUGGAAGUUGCUCGCUGCCUGUUAUACCUUCAUGACAGAGGCCUCCCCCAUGGAAACUUGAAGCCAACAAAUAUAAUCUUAGCAGGCCAUGAUUUUGAUGCCCGGCUCACUGACUAUGGACUUCACCGCUUGAUGACACCAGCAGGCAUUGCGGAGCAGAUACUCAAUCUAGGAGCGCUUGGAUAUUGUGCUCCAGAAUUGGCUUCUGCAGCCAAACCUGGUCCAUCCUUCAAGGCUGACAUUUAUUCAUUUGGAGUGAUUGUAAUGGAGCUAUUAACCAAAAGAAGUGCAGGCGACAUAAUAUCGGGCCAAUCGGGGGCUGUCGAUCUCACGGAUUGGGUGCGUCUAUGCGAUCAAGAAGGACGAAGAAUGGACUGCAUAGACAGAGAUAUCAUCGUUGGAGAAGAGCCGUCAAAAGCUAUGGAUGAACUGUUGGUGGUAUCCCUCAGGUGCAUUCUCCCUGUAAAUGAGAGGCCUAACAUCAGACAAGUCUUCGAUGAUUUAUGUGCUAUAUCUGUUUGAUUUUCCACCUCCCCCUUGUGUACAUGCGUCUUGGAAUUAGUUUUUUUUUCCUCGCGUUCCUCGACCCAAUUGUUUUUGCUUCCUAUUUUUCACUUCGUAUUGGUUUCAGCCUACUGAUUUUUGGGCUAAUUGUCACCAUUUUAUUGUAAAUGGACAACCCAUCCAUUGAUUUUUUCUUCUUCUUUUUCUACAAGAGUUUCAGUUUGAUGUU